AGAUCAGUUCGCAUCGUCAGACUUUGAACAACCUAUUAUUUCAUCUCGAAUAUAUGUUGAAUUCUAAAAAUAAUACAAAUUUGUGAAAAUUCUUAGUGAUAUAAUUAUUUGGCCACAAUAUGCUGCCAGUUGUGAAUGGAUUUUUGAGUUACCUGCUUGACCAUCAACGCCUUUGUCCUGGCAUUUCGGUCGAGGAUGCAGUCCGUCAGGGAGCAUUGAAUUGGAAUAUGAUGAGCGAAACGCACAGAAGAACCUACCGAAUCAAGACGGUUCCUAAGCGAAAAGUAAAACCCCGAGCGCCGAUGGUCCGUCGUACCGUAAAGCAAAAGAAACUAAUGAGAAAAUGUGCAAAGCCGGUUCCCUUUGUAAGUCCAGUCGAGAGUACUUCUACGGAGUCCAGAUGUUUCAAAACAAGAUGCCCUAAGCGCAAAUCUAAGAAACAUUGCUCAAAACAUGCAAAGCGGUGCCCGAGUCAUGUAAAAAGAGAAAAAAAAUGUCCUUGCAGGAAAUCUUCCAGAUGCAUAUCCAAGAAUAAAAAGAUGGCCACGGACCUGAAAUUCAACGCUUCGCUGGGGACCAGCGAUCCCCAGACCCAUCCCGUUCUGAUAAUCGGCCAGCUGCGCCAUCUGAAUCUCGUCAAGUUCAAUGAUUUGGCCAGCAAAUUGUCUCCCAGAGUCAGCGAGGAGACAUUCUUGAAUGCAGUUGCCUGUUUACAUCCGGCACCGACUGAUAAGGUUUCUCUGUACUUGGAUUCGGCGACUGUAGCUGCGCUGCCUUUGAAGGCUUCCCGUCAUAAUACCGCAUCGAGAGCUCAUGCUAUUACCCGUCUGGUGAAGAGUCACGUGAUGAACGUGCCGGAGGAGACCGUGGUGCUGGUCUGCGAGCGGGAGAACCUUUUUGCCAGCGCUUGUGCGGUGGUUCGUGCUUUUCCUCUAUACUCUCGCAAAACCGGCAAUGGACGAUCCUCGACUCCAGUUAAAUCCGAGGUGGGCUGCGGUGAUGCCGGAUGCGGUGAUGGAGCUAAGGACACUAGCCGUAAUUUGGUCAACGUGGAGUUUGUGGUGAUUGACAAGGAUGGCGGCGUGGAUUGUAAUCCGCUGACGGAAGACGAGAUCAAGUGCCUUACUGAGACCACCAGGGGCAUCAGGCUGACUGCACGCAUUGUCGACAUGCCCUGUAACGAGAUGAACGUUGACCACUUUAUCCAGGCUGUGGAGGAGAUCGGCAACGAGCUGUGCAUUACGCCACAAAUAAUCCGUGGCGAGGAGCUGAAGGAACGUGGAUUUGGUGGAAUUUACGGCGUGGGAAAGGCAGCUGCUGUGCCACCAGCUCUGGUGGUGCUCUCGCACGAGCCGAAAUGUGCCCAGGAGACCAUUGCUCUGGUAGGCAAGGGCAUCGUUUACGAUACCGGCGGCCUGAGCAUCAAGGGCAAGACUGCCAUGCCGGGCAUGAAGCGGGAUUGCGGCGGAGCAGCUGCUAUUUUAGGUGCCUUCUAUGCCGCCGUGAAGUGCGGAUUCACGGAUAAUCUGCACGCUGUCUUCUGCUUGGCAGAGAACUCGGUUGGACCCAAUGCCACAAGGCCUGAUGACAUUCACACUUUGUACUCUGGACGCACUGUGGAGAUUAACAACACGGACGCUGAGGGCCGCUUGGUGCUGUCGGAUGGCGUAUGCUUUGCUAACAAGGAUCUAAAAGCCAAUAUUAUCCUGGACAUGGCCACACUGACUGGUGCCCAGGGCGUAGCAACAGGCAAGUAUCACGGCGCCAUAUUGACAAACUCGGAGACAUGGGAGGCCAAGUCGUUGCAGGCUGGACGCAAAUCCGGCGAUUUAUUGGCACCCAUUAUUUAUUGCCCCGAGUUGCAUUUCUCCGAAUUCGCCUCAGCCAUUGCUGAUAUGAAGAACUCUGUUUCGGAUCGACAGAAUGCACAAUCCUCCUGCGCUGGUCUCUUCAUAGCCGCCCAUUUGGGCUUCGACUACCCGGGCGUCUGGAUGCACGUCGACAUGGCCACGCCCGUUCAUUGUGGCGAACGAGCCACCGGCUAUGGAGUGGCCCUGCUGCUAACGCUUUUUGGCAACCACACGAACUCAAAGCUGCUCCAAUCCAUCGCACCAUGUGGGGAGGAGCCACCAUCCAAGCGGCAGUGCCGCGAUUAAGUGGUUCCUCAUCGUCCGUAUCAGUGCCUCACCAGUUAAUGUGCAUUUCAAGCGACUCUUAUCCGAGCAACACCCAGUUUUUAGGCCUUAACAAGACAACAGGCCUUACAAUUUACAAAAACUAUUUUAGAAAUAAAUGAAGUUCGCAAUGAUGUUACUGUGGUCAUUUUCUUAAAAUAUAUUAGUAUUGAAUGCAUUACUUUUUAAUUGAGAUAUUUUUAAAAUUAUGCUUGAGAAUUAUACGAUGAAAUAAAAUAAAUAAAUAUGAAAUUUU